AUGUGUCAAGGAUGUGUCCCCGAAUACUUUGAGUUCAAACAGAGUCCUGCCCCUCUCCCCCAGAACUGGUUGAAUUCCCGGUUCUUGACUCAAGCGACGGACGAGAAGGAUAAGGAUACAGGGACAGAUAGUUUUGAGUAUCGUGUCGCGCGUGAUGCGCCUUGUCCUAUCAUCGAUGCUCAUGUCCAUGUGUUCCCGCAGAAGCUGAUGGAAGCUGUGUGGACGUUUUUCGACAACUUUUACUGGCCUGUCCGGUACAAGAAGAACUACCUCGCGACCAGGGCCGAUUUCUUGCUCGACCAGGGUGUCCGCCACGUCGUCCUUCUCGUAUAUGCGCAUAAGAAUGGGAUUGCGCGGGAUUUGAACAAGUUUUUGGCACACACCGUAAACUCCAUGAACGAACGCUACGCCUCCCUCCCUCAACCAAACGGCCAACCAAAACGCGGCGUUCGCGUCGCCUCAGGACUGGCAACAGUCAUGCCCGGAGAACCCGAUGCCCGCGCCAUCCUUGCAGAAGCAUUCACAACCCUAGGUCUGUCCGGUAUCAAAAUGCACUCGCACGUCCAAUGUGUGGCGGCCAACCAUCCGAGUAUGGACGAAGUCUAUGAGACGUGUAUUGAAUUUGAUAAGCCGGUUUUGAUCCAUGCGGGUAAGGAACCGAAUAGUAAGGCUUAUAAGGUCGACGCCGGCAAGAUUUGUGAUUUUUCGAUUGUCGAGGAUGUUUUGAGACGGUAUCCUCGUCUCCGGAUCUGUAUUCCUCAUCUUGGAAUGAACCAGUACGAAGAGUUCUUCGACCUGCUCGACAAGUACCCAAACCUCUACCUCGACACUACAAUGACUCUCGGCGCAUUCUUCCAAUCCCUCAACUCCCUCUCCCCCUCUACCACCACCACCAUCACCACCUCCUCCUGCUCCCCCUCCACCUGCGACCACACCACUCACACCACAAACAACAAGAACAACAACACGAGCACAACCCCAACACUGAAACCAAUGGCAGAAAUGCUGCGAACUAUGCUCCUCCGCCACUCGGACAGAAUCCUCUACGGAACCGAUUGGCCCAACAUCCCCUACGAUUGGUGUCGCGAGCUGGCGAAUCUUGUCAGUUUGGUCGAUGGGGAUGGUGAAGCUACUGCUGCUGUGGGUGAGAGGGUGAGGAAGGAGGAGCAGAGGACGAAGGAGACGGAUAAGGCCUUGGAGAAUAUCUUGUGGAGGAAUGCGAGUCGGUUUUAUCGGAUCUCGGAACAUGAUCUUGGAUUGACGCCGCCUCUUUCGUCCAACCUUUAG